CGGUCCCUUCUGUGUAGCCCUCCACUUUCAUUCAUAGGCGCGUAGAGCAGCAGUCAAAACCUCAUAAGCUCAUACGCCAGCCCACGACGAGCCUCCAGUGAAGACGGACAGUGAGAGUUUGUAGGAAGAAUGGCAGAAGCGCACCAGGCGGUGGCCUUCCAGUUCACCGUCACUCCAGAUGGCAUCGACCUACACCUAUGCCAUGAGGCCCUGCGGCAGGUUUACCUCUCCGGCCUGCACUCCUGGAAGAAGAGGUUCAUUAGGUUCAAGAAUGGUGUUAUGACUGGAGUAUAUCCUGGAAGUCCUUCUGGACUGAUAGUUGUUGUUGCGGGAUACAUGUCUUAUGCGAAGUAUGCUAAAAUAGACCCCUCGUUAGGACUCUUCACGAAACUGGCCACACACAUGCCAGUAAGUAAGUAUAUAACAGAAGAUGGUCAGCGUAUUGCUGGUGGAGUGCUGGUGGGCACAGGGCUGUGGGUCACCAUCAUCUUCAUUAUGAGGAGUGUCCUUAAAUCCCUGCUGUCUUGGCACGGAUGGAUGUACAAUCGCCAUGGAAAUGUGUCCAUAGGUACCAAGAUUUGGCUGGUGCUGGUGAAGUUGUUCUCUGGCCGUAAGCCAAUGCUCUACAGUUUCCAAAGCUCGUUGCCACGCUUACCCGUGCCCGCUGUGAAGGACACCACAAAAAGAUACCUUGAAUCAGUGCAUCCUCUUAUGGACGACGCGCAGUACAAACGUAUGGAGGGCCUGGCGAAGGAUUUUGAGAAGAACCUGGGCCCAAAACUCCAGUGGUACUUGAAGCUCAAAUCCUGGUGGACCUCCAACUAUGUCAGUGACUGGUGGGAAGAGUACAUUUACCUAAGAGGACGUGGGCCCAUCAUGGUCAACAGCAACUACUAUGCAAUGGACUUCCUGUAUGUCUUCCCCACUCAUCUGCAAGCUGCCAGGGCAGGGAAUGCUAUCCACUCUGCUAUGAUGUACAGGAGGAAACUGGACCGUGCUCAGCUUAAACCUAUUUACUUGCUGGAGAACAGAGUGCCACUGUGUUCAGCACAGUGGGAGCGGAUGUUUAACACGUCCCGCAUCCCGGGCCUGGAUACAGAUGCCAUUCAGCACGUGAAUGAGAGCAAGCACAUUGUGGUGUACCACAAGGGACGCUUUUUCAAGGUGUGGAUGUUUUAUGACGGCCGGUUGCUGUAUCCCAGAGAGAUCGAGCAGCAGAUGGAAAGGAUUCUGGCAGAUAAGUCUGAGCCUCAGCCUGGAGAGGAGCAUCUAGCUGCACUCACAGCGGGAGACAGAAUACCCUGGGCCAAGGCCCGCUCAACGUUCUUCAGUAGAGGGAAGAAUAAGCAGUCUCUGGAUUCAGUGGAGAAGGCAGCUUUCUUUGUGACUCUGGAUGACACUGAACAGCGUUAUGACCCUGAUAACCCUGUGCAGUCUCUGGACAGAUAUGCCAAAUCUCUUCUCCAUGGGAAAUGCUAUGACAGAUGGUUCGAUAAGUCCUUUAACCUGAUUGUGUUUAAGAACGGCACCAUGGGUUUGAAUGCUGAACACACCUGGGCUGAUGCCCCCAUUGUUGGCCACCUUUGGGAGCAAGUACUGGCUUUUGAUCCUGUGAUCAUGGGAUACACUGAAGAUGGUCACUGCAAGGGAAAAAUACACCCAAGUCUGCCUGGACCACAGCGCCUACAGUGGGAUAUUCCAGAGGAGUGCCAGUCAGUGAUCAGCAGCUCUCUGGAGGUGGCUAAUGCUUUAGCAGAUGACGUGGAUUCACACAUUAUCCCCUUCAGUGAGUUUGGCAAAGGCCUGAUCAAGAAGUGCAAGACCAGCCCAGAUGCCUUUAUCCAGAUCGUUCUCCAGCUUGCUCACUUCAGGGACAAAGGAAAGUUCUGCCUGACAUAUGAGGCAUCCAUGACACGACUGUUCCGAGAGGGUCGCACUGAAACCGUUCGUUCCUGCACCAUCGAGGCCUGUGCCUUCGUCCGCGCCAUGGAGGAGGAAAAACAGACGCGAGAGGAGAGGCUGCGACUGCUGAGGUUGGCAGCAGAGAAGCACCAGGACCUGUACAGACAGGCCAUGACAGGCAAAGGCAUCGAUCGGCACCUUUUCUGUCUCUACGUUGUGUCUAGGUACCUGGGAGUUGACUCUCCCUUCCUCAAAGAGGUGUUGUCUGAGCCAUGGAGACUGUCCACCAGUCAGACUCCUCUCCAGCAGCUGGACCUGUUUAAUCUGAAGAAGAACCCAGAGUAUGUGACCAGUGGAGGUGGCUUUGGCCCGGUGGCAGAUGAUGGUUAUGGAGUGUCAUAUAUCAUCCUUGGAGAAGACCUCAUCAACUUCCACAUAUCCAGCAAACACUCGAGUCCAGAGACUGAUUCUCACCGUUUCGGCAGUCAUAUUAAGCAGGCCAUGCUCGACGUUCUGGACCUUUUCCAGAUUGACAGGAAAGCCAAGAAGUGAUCACUGUUCUCUCUCACCAUUCACAAAAAGGGGUUUCAUUUCAGUGAAAUCCUCGGCAUGUUAUUCCUACAUAGGCAUGUACAGGGCAUGUACAGAUGCAUUGUUAGCUUUUAAUUUAUGAGAUAAGAAACAGAAAUUUAAACAGUAUAAAUGAAGCACAAACAGGUGAAUAUGUUCAUGUCCUGUUCAUUCACGUUAAGUAUGUAAAAGGUGAGAAGCGUCUUUUUUAUAACAGAUUGUACUAGCCUUCACUGUCCAUAUAUGGUUUUUAGCAUAUUAUACAUUGUUACCUUAAUGAACGGAAUGGCCGUCACACCAGAACCCAGACAAAACUCCAGAAGAGGCAUUCCUUUUCUGUACUGCGCACAUAACCAAGUUCCCUUUUGUAGCUGCUAUAAUAUGACAAAUUCAAUGCAAUGUUUUUAACAGAUAUUUUCAUACUCAGGUUAUUUGAAACUGCAUUUGUGACCUGCGGCGUAUUAGUGGCACUAUGGCAGGACAGCCACUAGAUGGAGCUAUUACAGUACUCACGCCGCAGAGUCGCACAGUGUGGACCGUAGCAACCUCUGAAGUCUGUUUUUAGCACUUAAACUUGUCAGAUAGACUGCGUUAACUCUGAAUGGCGUGGGAGUUUGUUUCUAAACAGUUUACUGUAGCAGUACAUUUGCAAUGAGAUUGUUACGUAAUUUAAGUGUACUUUAAGUAGCAUUUCCAUGCAGUCCUAAGAAACAAUAAAUGAGUAGAUAAUGUGGAUGAGAUGAAAUGUUUUAAGAACAAGUAAAAGUGCACGGUUGCCUUUGAACUGCAAAGAAAUCCCUUCAUUUCCUCCACCACAGGAUAUUUCCUAUUCUUUUUUGAAGACAAACACUUUUAUGUGAUUUCUACAUGAACCUGACGAAUGCUGUUUAUUGUAUUUUGGUUGCCUGACCCACUGUGGAACUACAGUACUGAAGGUGAGACAUAUAUGCAGCUUAGUAGGAACAGGCAGUUACAGGUGACGCAGUUCAGCUUUUACCAAGCUUCACUGGUCUGGGUGUGGCCUACACUCAGUGCUGCGAUGGCACAUUGUCACAGCUAGGAGGGACAGCAACCUUUGAUUUGAACAAAUGGGUUAUGUCCACAAACACGAGGAACAAAGGGAUAUUUUGGUCUGUAUAUGUUGGACAUCAGUGGCAGAAAAGUGUGCUAUUUAUUUUAUCUAUUAAAUCCAUAUUUUCACGGUGCAUUUUAUUGCUUUGGUUUAUGAAUAGGGUGUGCUCAUUAAUGGUUUGAAUUGGUGUUCUUGAUUGAAUGUAAAAAAAACGCUGAACAAAAAUAAAAUAACACAUUUUUGUGGAAGGAAUGUGUGUCAUUAAAAUGUGGUUAAUGUUGUGGCUGAAAUAUUUAUAUGACAUUUGCCACAGAUGCAGUUCAAAUACCAAAACACAAUAAAAAUAAAUGUGAAAAAUUGAUCUGA